ACAGUUUUCAUGAAAAUAUUAUUUAGGUAUUUCAUGUUUUUAUAAAAGUUAUAUGAUAUAUCGUCCAUGAUUUCAUGAAAUCAAAAGUGCCUGUCGCUAUUGAGUUUUAUCUUGUAUACUUACGAACGGUUGGAGUGAAAACGAUCACUGUCAAAAAUGCCGAAGAAAUUCGCUGGUGAAAAUAGCAAAGCUGUCGCUGCACGGCAACGAAAGGAAAAUGAAAAACAAGAGAAGGAACAAAAGAUGAAAAAAAUGAUGGAAGAUGCGGAAUGGGAGGAUAACGAUGAGAAACUUAAGAAGAAACAACAGAAAAAGGAGGAACAAGAGAAGAAACGUUUAGAACAGCUACAGAAAAAAGCAGAAGCAAAGGCUCUGUUGGAGAAAGAGAUGCAAUCCAUCAAGGCAGCUCCAAAGGCUGUUCCUCCACCUCCCAAGAUCACAAGAGCACAGAUUGAAAGGAUGAAAGAGAAAACUAUCAAGGCAGAGCCUGUUAAACCAGUGCCAUCAAAAGUAGUUGUGGAAGAGCCUCCACUUGAGGAGAAUCUCAACAGGAUCCAUUUGGAUGGAGAAGUGGCCCAGACCGUUGAUGAAGCUAUUUCUAUACUUGGGGAAAAGUCAGAUACUGAUAGGCAUCCCGAAAAACGUCUUAAGGCUGCAUACACAGCAUUUGAAGAAGCUAACUUACCAAUCCUAAAGGCUGAGAACCCAACACUGAGACUGUCUCAACUCAAACAGAUGCUGAGGAAAGAAUGGCUCAAGUCACCCCAGAACCCAUUAAACAUGAAAGUGUGAAAUAGUGACUAUAAAGGAUCACCUGUUCAUUGUCAAUAAUUAUUUGCUCUACAAAUGAUUGAUGGCAUAGUAUGAAAAUAUAGUUCAAGUUCUUGAUUUUGCUUCAGUAGUACAACUCUGCAUAGGUAAACAUUUUC